AUGCCUCCAGCGAUUCGGACACCGGUGCCUUCGACGAGCCUGCUACGAUUUCUGCGGUCGCAAACGGAGGCCUCGUCGAUUUUUAGCCGGACUCAGUGUGCUGAAGCGGGUGCUGCCAUCCGAUCCAGCUCAGCCCGGCUGGCCCAGAAUCCCCAGUGUCUUGUGAGAAGGCUGUCCAGGACGGGGACGAGGUCGAUUUCGACGAGCUGCAGGAGACCCGCGCUCGUCCCGGCUUCGCCUUUUAGCUCCGACCCCGUCACCACCCGGAUAGGUCGCAAGCGUAGGGCCAUCGAACCACACUCCUCGCCCGUUGCAUUCUUCAGCACCACCUGUGCGAGACGAGAUGCCUGUGAUGACGACUCAUCGUCGCCGCGCCGGACGUGGAAGGAGAGACUCUGGGGCAUACGGGGACGGGGCGGUGCCAAGCCGCUGAAGCCGAAUGACCUGCCCUUUCACGACGAGGGCGAGGCGGGCUCCAUGUUCAACAGCCGCCGCAUAUUGACGGCGAAGGCUGCGCUAGAACCGAGAUUGCGAUGCACCGAGGUCGACGAGAACGGCGAGGUGAUUCUGGUGGAUGGCGAGUUCAAGAAGACGGAGCUCAUCGCAAAGUACGGCCUGCUGCCACGCGACUUGCGAAAGAUUGACUCCUCUAAUCUGCCUCACAUCUUCGUCCGCCAGUCCGCCAUCCUCCUCAACCUGCUUCACUUAAAGGUCCUGAUCAAGAAGGAUCGCGUGUUGCUCUUUGACGUGUACGGCUCCAAGACGUCUUACCCUCAGUCUGCAUUUAUGUACGAUCUGCAGGGCAAGCUCAAGCAGAAGAAUGUGCAAGGCGGCGUCAACGGCCUGCCGUACGAGUUCCGCGCUCUCGAGGCGGUCCUGACCUCCGUCACCUCGGAGCUCGAGGCCGACUUCGAGUCCGUGCGGGACCCCGUCAUCCGCGUUCUCAGCGAGCUCGAGGACGACAUUGACCGGCACAAGCUGCGCGUCCUUCUCAUCCUGUCCAAAAGGGUGAGCACCUUCGAGCAGAAGGCCAAGCUUGUGCGCGAUGCCAUCGAGGAGCUGCUCGAGGCUGACGACGAUCUCACUGCCAUGUAUCUGACCGAGAAGGCGCACGACCUCUACCGCGGCGUCGACGACCAUACCGAGGUUGAGCUGCUGCUCGAGUCGUAUAACAAGCUAUGCGAUGAAAUCGUCCAAGAGGCUCAGAACUUGGUGUCUGGCAUCCGCAACACCGAGGAGAUUAUACGCGCCAUCCUCGACGCGAACCGCAACGCUCUCAUGCUCUUAGACCUCAGAUUCAGCGUCGGCACCCUCGGCCUGGCCAUGGGCACAUUCCUCGCGGGCCUUUACGGCAUGAACCUCGAAAACUUCAUCGAGGACAGCCACUGGGGCUUCGCCGGCGUCACAAUUACCUCGACCAUCUGCUCUCUCAUCGUCUGCUGGUACGGCCUGGUCAAGCUGCGCAAGGUCCAGCGCGUCAAGAUGAUGUUUGACGAGCGUGGGCCCCUGACCCGGACCAGCCGACAGUUGUCGUCGGCAGCGACGCAACCUGGCGCCGUGGCAGGCCCGCACUGGCUCCAGGACGACGGCCCCGUGGGCCUACUCGACGCCCGGAACCGCGAAAAGUUCCGCCGCGUUACGAGCCAGAAGGCCGCCGCGGCCGCCAACGCCAAGAUCACCACCAAAAAGUGGUUUCACUGA